GUUCCCAUACAGGCUGGUGCUGGUCAGGGCAGCAACCACCCGGCGGCAGUCCACGUCAACCUUAACACGCUGCCACAAACUGCCCAGCAAGACAAUAAUGCACAAAUGCCCACCAUUCAUGUCAAUGUGAACUCAUACCCAACCGAUGGGCAAUGGAUUCAGCAAGACCGCUCACUUCCUCAUACCAAUUCAGCCAAUAGUAAUGCUCCACGAAGCCAUACAGAACAGGUGUAUCCCAGAAGGCAAAGUGGGCAGUUCUAUCCAAGUGACCCCCGACUGAAUGGUUACAUAGACACAGAUCUUCAGGCUCAGCCUGACCUUAUCCCGACUGGAUACACACACUAUAACAGUAAUAACACUUCUCAGCGAAACGCCAACACACAAACCUACCAACAGGACAUGGAUCAUCGUAGCAGGUCUGACAGAAGAUCAGAAAGUCACAGUGCCACUCCUAGCUCCUCUCUUCAUCAGAUGCCAUGGGAUCGUCUUCGAGGUACACCAGCGUAUCACAGCAGCACACUUCAGAGAGAACAGUUUUCACCUGAGUACACCUCUGACAAUACAGACUACACUACCCAUCCUCCCAUACCAGAAUCAAGAUCGGUGAACAGAUCUCGGCCUCAGCCUUGGAACCAAACCGCUUCCCGGAGCAGAAAUCCAACCAGACAAAAUGCACCACCAGUGGACAGACGGAAAAGGACCCGUUCAGCUGAUCCUCAUAGCCCAAACACUCGCCAUCUAACACAGCUUGAGGCUACACCCCCCACACACAGAGGCCCUCGCACACAAAGUGAGAGUGCUCAGCAAGACAUCAGAGGUCUGCCUGGAAGCCAGACUGCCCCCAGGCAGGAAGCACAUGUGCUCCAGCAACAGAGAGAAGCACCGAUCCGAAAACCACCAGAAGAUCUGGGCACACAGAUCAUACAUGGUGUCCGUCAGCCUCGCCAAGGAGACACUGUCCCAUACCCUUCUGCCCAGCCCGAUCCCAGAAACCUAACCCAGGCUGCACUUAAAGCCCACACUGACAGGACUCAAAUAUUUCACAAUCGCAAACAACAGACCCAGGCUGCCCUGCUUCACCCUGGAACACAGCAUCAAGCUCCUGCUGCUGGGGCUGAGCACCCACCAACUCCUCCUCCUGUUAUCCCCCUCACACAGUUCAAGACCAUCCCCAAGGAUCGCACCCAGCACAAAUCCCCAACUAGAGGUCCUCAACCCUCCAGACCUCCAGUGAACAUGCCAGUGGCUCACGGACACCAACAACACAGGCCCAAUGUGCAUCACCAUCCUGCCGCACAUCAUCACCAUCACCGUCCUGGAAAUGGCCAUAUGCAUGCCCCUACUAAUAGGCAUGCCCAUGCCCCCACCCACAGACACCCUGCCGACUUCUCUCAUCCACAGCAGAUAAAUCUGUUCCUUGGGCUUGUUGUGGAGGUGCAGAGCGUGUGUUUGGAUCACAGCUCCAUCAGUCUCCCAGUCCCCUGCUCCCACUUGUACGUCACCUCUGAUGAACAGUCCUGCUGCUCACCAUUGGAGACACUUCACGGUAGUCUAGCACCGUAA